AUGCCCGUCCGUUUCCACAUUCCCAUCGCUUUCCAGAUUGCCGGUUGGUCAUUGGCAUGUCGAUCGGCAAGCAAACUGAAGCAGUCGAGCCCAACUCAAUCCGAGAUUUGGCAAGUUGAUAAGGUGAGGCUGAAGGUUCAUGCUGCCGACAGGGUAUACCCGGGAUUCCUCUUUACCGAGAACUUGAUCAGAGCCGGCCUUGUCAGUUCUGCCGAGAGUGAGUGCACUCCUGACAGACACCAGGAGAUCUGCCGAAGCAAAGAGGAUGAAUGA